GAGCGAGAACGAGAGAAGGAGAGGGAGAGGGAGCGAGAACGAGAGAAGGAGAGGGAGAGGGAUCGAGAACGAGAGAAGGAGCGGGAGAGACAAAAAGAGAAGGACCGAGGGAAGGAUCAUGAAGUUGACAUCAGUAGGAUGGUGCCGCCAAGAGGAAACAGAUUGAGACAAACUUCUCCACGAAAUUCCGGCCCCGUUCCUGAACUUCCUGAACCUGACGUUAUAUCUUCUCCCUCGCCACCUUCACCACCACGUAUUAGUGUUCCAGCAGUCUCAAGUCCUGUGUCUACUAUAUUCAAAGAUGUGAAAUCACCACGCAAAGGACGCAGUUUCCGUAAGAGACGUGAAGGCUCGAUGUCACCUUCACCUCCAGGAGCUCAGCCAUCUUCAGCUGAUGUUGAUCUUCGUGGACCACCACCUGAUAAAGUGUCUAGGCUUUCUCUCUCUCCUAAAUGUGUAGAGCCCCAUGUUGAUGCCGAAACAAAAGAUGUGGAUUUGAGGCCGUUAACACGUGGAUCUCCCUCAAAGAAGAGGCAGUCUGCUGAACGUUCUGAACAGCCACCUCUUAAGAGGUCUAAGGCUGAAAUGAUUGAUGUAUUGUUUGGGAGUGAGGAGUUGUUUGGAAGUGAAGAUGUUGAUCUCCGGACUCUGGCACCCAUUGCUGUAGCACCUUUAGCGCCUUCGCCACCGCCCCCAGCUGCCAUUUCUCGUUCAUCGCCAUCACCACCAGCCUCUACAGGUGCUCCGCCUCAGUCACCAACUUCCCCUUCUGCACCAGCAGCUGCUACAGGAAAAGGCUACGAACAUGGUGUAGCUGGUUGGGCACAAUUAAAAGAAGCACAUCCAGAUGCUUAUAAAUCACCAGCAACUCCAGUGCCAUCACAGAGUCACAACCCUACUGACAGGCAAGCUGCGCAGAUGAAUUUAUUUGAACGGCCUUAUGAUAGACUGGGAAGACCAUUACUGUAUCGCAAACUUCAAGAGCAACGAGCUAUAAUUGCAUCAGGUGAAGAUACAGAUAUGAGAAUGUUAAGAAUGGAUUCUGAUAUUGAUUUAAAUAUCAACAUGAUUAUUGCCCAGGCAGAAGAGCAGUUGAAGAGUGGCAACAUUUCAUUCAAAGAAUAUAACACAUUGCUAAAGCAGGUAAUCCAUAUCAAUGAGAUCCAGAAGCUACGUGAAGCUCAGCGCCGAGAUGCACAAGAAAACAAAGAAAACUGGGGAGCAAAUAAUGUUCCAGUAGCAAAUGUUGGAACAACUGUUAGGAGGGCUCAUACUGCAUCACCACUUUCUACUGAUGAUGCCAACAGGGAUUCUAGAGGAUCUCCACCUUGCUCAAGUGCUGGUGCUCGCUUUGGGGACAUUGAUGAGAGGUUUCCUGGAGGCACUCUGCCACUACCACCACCUCCUGUGCAAUGGCCAGCACCUCAGGGUGCAGCUAUGCCCCGCCACCCAACAUGGAUGGAACAGCCACCGUGGGGUGCUCGUCCUCCACCCACAUCAACAGCUCCUCCUGUUCGACAUCAGCCACCACCAUUUCGAAGAGCACCAGACUUUCCUCCACCGAACUUUCGUUGGAGGCAGUAUGGGCCCGGGCCUGGUCCAGGUCCUGGCCAUGGUCCAAGAUUGCCUUAUGAUGCUCAGGAGGAUGCUCAUAGAUUUGAUCGAUUUCCUGGAAACCGUUUCACACGGCCACCACCACCACUCCCACCACAGCAUCAGCAUUCACACCCACCGCAGCCGUCGCAGCAGCAGCAGCCACUGCUACCGGAUCCUGUUAGCACAUCUCAAGCACCUGCGACUGAACUUCCUCCUGCAGAUCCAUUGCUUCUUGAUCUGAUUGCCCAGGACUCAAUGCGGACAAUAAAUAUUGAUCGUAUCCCGCGUGAAAUUCGCUUUUAUGGUGAUACUGCUGUCGUUCUUUUAGCUUGGGAUGACCCCCGUGAAAUAAGUUUCCAAGGUGGUGUGAGGCGGGUUACUUUUGAUGAUCGCGAGAGUGUUAUUUGUGCCUUCAAUGAACCUUAUCGUGACUUCACACUUGAUGGACAGACACACAGGAUAAGGUUAGGAGCUCCUACUAGAGAGUUGUACAUAGAUGGGAAGUGGUAUGAAUGUUUCUUUGGCGGACCACCUGUAAAUAUUGAUAUUGGUGGCAAAAUCCGAUCUGUCAAACUUGAUGGACCUCCACCUCAUGUAAAAAUUGGAUUUGUCAAACGAACCGACCUAGUUGCUGGCAAGAUCAACCUUAUCAUAGAUGCUCGCACUAUGGUACCAGUCUUCCUUGAUGCCAAGCCACAAAGGUUUGAUGUUGAGAAUAAACCUCAUGUUCUUCGUUUCGUUGACAAACUCAAAACAGUUCUUCUGAAUGGAAGACCAUUUGAAGUAGAAUUUGGUGGUCUGCCAAAACCAAUAGUGGCUCGAGGGAGGAAACAUUUUGUGCGCUUCUCGGUACUUCCACAAGGUGUUCGCCCUGGUUAUGUGAACAUUGUUAAUAUGGACACUAUGGAAGAUAGACGGCUACCAUCUCCAGAAACUGGAUCUGUAGGUGGUGAUGCCGAACCAUCACGGCAGUCUCUUCCAGUACGGUCAGAUGGCCAUUCUCCUGUAUUACCCAUGCUCGGUGCAUCAUCGCGGCGGAAGGUUGAACGAGAACAGGGACGAGAUUCUCCGGAAAGUUCAGGUGCCAGAAAUUCACCAACAGUUGGCAUAACAACGACUGUAGAUAAUAGUGCAGUCACAUCUUUUGGUACUGUUCCAGCAUUAACUGCCCAGCGCCCAACUCCUGGCCAACUUCCACUGGAGAUGCUGACAAGUUUGAUUCCAGCAUCAAUGGCCCCUGCUGCUGCUUCAGGUGUUGGGUAUUGUGUGGAACAGCAAGAUUCAAGUACCACACAGCCACAGCAACAGUCGCAGUCACAGCAGCAGCAGCAGCAACAGCAGCAGACUACAUCAUCAAGCACAUUGUCAUUGCUGCCAGGAUUAGGAGAAGUUAAUGUUGAGGAAUUAUUCCGCAAGCUUGUUGCUACAGGAAUUGUACCAGCAGGUCAGAGUACCUCAGGAACAGGUGUAGCUGAGGAGAAAAAGACUGCAGAUGAUCCGGCCACCCAGAUCAAACCAGUUGACUUUUCUCAGCCAGAAACACUACGAGUACGGCAACCUGCUCUUGUGGCACAGUUAUACUCAGGGAUUCAAUGCAGCUCUUGCGGUGUGCGUUUCCCACCUGAGCAUACAAUGAAGUAUUCACAGCACUUGGAUUGGCACUUCAGACAGAACAGGAGAGAACGUGACAGCACGAGAAAGGCUCAGAGUCGCAAAUGGUAUUAUGAUGUCUCAGACUGGAUCCAGUUUGAGGAAAUUGAAGACCUUGAAGAGAGAGCUCAAAGUUGGUUUGAGACCCAGCAGGCAGGAGCAGCUGGAACAUCUGAAGAAUCUUCAAAUGAAAUUCCAAGUGUAUCAGCUGAAGGCCAAGAGGAUGCCGUAUGUGAUGUUUGCCAUGAUCACUUUGAACAGUUCUAUAAUGAAGAGCGUGAAGAAUGGCAUCUGCGCAUGGCUAUUCGUGUAGACGGUCAUGUAUAUCAUCCAUUGUGUUACGAAGAUCUUAAGGCAUCAGAGGCAGCAGCAGCUGAAGAAGCAUCAUCUAUUGCAGAGGAUGCAGAAAAUCAAGAAAGUACAAGUAAUUUAGACGAGCAGCCAGUGAAAGAGCCUGACCAAGUAGAUGGUGAAGAAAACAAAAAAAUGGAGGAAGAAAUCUCAGCUGAAAAAACUGAAUGCACAGACGAAGCAAAGACAACUUCUGAAAAUGAGCAGCCUGAUGAGAAAGAAACAAUUAAAGCAGAAGUAAAAGAUGAAGCCAGUGAAAAUGACCUGGCAGAAGAUGUAAAGAAGUUGAAUGUUAAGGAGGAACCCAUGGAAAGUACAGAGGCAGAGGCAGAACAGACAGAGGAGACAGCAGAACCCAAGGUGAAGACAGAAAAUGAUGAUACUGAAGGUAUGAAUGAAGAUAUGGGUCCUCAGACACCACCUCCAUUACUUUUACCAUCUGUUGUGGAUACUACUCUGGCUGCAGUUGCCUGUACCAUAGACGGUAAUGUUCAGUUUGAGGAUGCUCCGACUCAGCCACCAGCCUUGUCAACAGGUCGCAUAAAAAUAAAUAUUGGAAAAAUGCCUGCACCUGCUAUUGUACCAGCAGUGGCCGAAAGUGAUGGAGAUACUUCAGCAGAAGAACCACAUUCCCCACUACCCACAAGGCCACUGUCAACUGAUAUUACUGCACAGGCAGAAUCAGUUACAGUGCCUGUUAUGACCUGUGAAACUUUCCAACCACCACCACCUGGUGUUGAACCUGUUUCUCUUAAACCUCGUUUGGUUGGACUGAAGAUGACUGAGCUGCCUCCUGUUACACGUGGAACAGAACUGUCAGGCCUGUGCAGCAUUAUGUAAAGUGUAUAGUCCUUCCUUGUGUAAAGUUUUGUACAGCACAAAAAUAAAUUGUGUACAUUAUA